GCAGUGUCUGUCUUCCUUAUAAUUUCUUAAAAAACCUUUUCACUUAUCUUUUGGAUUUUUAUUUUUCUAAAACUCUUACAAUGCCCUCACUGAGAGAUCACUGUUUUUGUUAAUGUCUCUCCCCACCAAACGCUCUGCCACUGCUGCUGCUCCUCCCACCACCACCUUCUCCACCGCCGCCGGCUCCUCCAGUUUCCCGCCGAUGAAGAAGGCUAAGUCUCAGGCCGUCUCCGCCUGCUCCCCUCUUGAUCCCUCCUCCAACAAAAACGGCCUCCACCACUUCACCGCUCCUAAUUCCGACGAUAACGAUAUCCUCUUCGAGCCUUCCUCCAUGUCCCUCGACGAUGAGCCUAAGCUCGUUGACGCCGUUCCUCCCACCGCCGCUAAUUUGUCACGCAAAAAGGCCAUCCCUCCCCAGCCGGCCAAGAAGCUUGUCAUCAAGCUCCUUAAAGCUAAACCCACAUUGCCUUCCAACUUCGAGGAGGAUACAUGGGCGAUGCUGCAGUCAGCAAUUAAAGCUAUAUUCUUAAAGCAACCAACUUCUUGUGAACUGGAGAAACUUUAUCAGGCUGUCAAUGAUCUUUGUCUGCACAAGAUGGGGGGAAGUUUAUAUCAGCGUAUUGAAAAGGAGUGUGAAGCACACAUUUCUGCAGCCCUACAAUCCUUGGUUGGCCAAAGCCCAGAUUUGCUAGUCUUUUUAUCACUCGUUGAGAGAUGCUGGCAGGACUUCUGUGACCAGAUGCUGAUGAUUCGGGGGAUUGCGCUGUAUCUGGAUAGAACAUAUGUUAAACAAACCCCCAAUGUGCGGUCUCUAUGGGAUAUGGGAUUGCAACUUUUCCGACGACAUCUUUCAUCAUCUCCUGAAGUUGAGAACAAAACAGUAAACGGCCUUCUGCAGAUGAUUCAAAGAGAACGAUUAGGUGAAGCAGUUGAUAGGACACUGCUCAACCAUCUUUUGAAGAUGUUUACAGCUCUUGGAAUAUAUCCAGAGAGCUUCGAGAGACCUUUCCUUGAAUGCACUUCUGAAUUUUAUGCUACUGAAGGCAUGAAGUACAUGCAGCAAUCAGAUGUUCCAGAUUACUUGAAGCACGUCGAGAUAAGGUUGCAUGAGGAGCAUGAAAGAUGCUUACUUUACCUUGAUGCAAGCACUAGGAAGCCUCUAAUAGCAACUGCGGAGAGGCAGCUUCUUGAGCGGCAUAUAUCCGCUAUUCUUGAUAAGGGUUUCAUGAUGCUGAUGGAUGGGCAUAGAAUUGAAGAUCUCCAGAGGAUGUACUCCUUGUUCUUGAGGGUCAAUGCCCUUGAAUCAUUAAGGCAGGCCCUUAGUUCAUAUGUUAGGAAAACUGGGCAGACCAUCGUUAUGGAUGAAGAGAAGGACAAGGACAUGGUUCCAUCUCUAUUAGAAUUUAAGGUGUCUCUGGACCGAAUAUUGGAAGAAAGCUUUGCCAAGAAUGAAGCAUUUUGCAAUACCAUCAAGGAUGCUUUUGAGCAUCUGAUUAAUCUUCGCCAGAACCGUCCAGCAGAGCUGAUUGCUAAGUUUUUGGAUGAGAAGCUUCGUGCCGGGAAUAAGGGUACUUCUGAAGAGGAGUUGGAGGGUAUACUUGAUAAAGUUUUAGUUUUGUUUAGGUUCAUCCAGGGGAAAGACGUUUUUGAAGCAUUUUACAAGAAGGAUCUUGCAAAACGACUAUUGUUGGGGAAAAGUGCGUCCAUUGAUGCUGAGAAAUCUAUGAUAUCUAAGGUAUGCAAUUGUUGCAUCUUGCUGCAUUUCAUUGGAUAUCUACUGCCCAUUGAUAUUAACAAUCUUCACUUACUAGUGCAGCUCAAAACUGAGUGCGGGAGCCAAUUCACUAAUAAGCUUGAAGGGAUGUUCAAGGAUAUUGAGCUAUCUAAGGAAAUCAAUGAGUCUUUCAAACAGUCGUCUCAAGCAAGAACGAAACUUCCAUCAGGAAUCGAGAUGAGUGUCCACGUCUUAACAACUGGUUACUGGCCCACGUACCCGCCAAUGGAUGUCAGGCUUCCUCACGAACUGAAUGUCUACCAGGAUAUUUUCAAGGAAUUUUACCUGAGCAAACACAGCGGGAGGCGAUUAAUGUGGCAGAAUUCCUUAGGUCAUUGUGUAUUGAAAGCCGAGUUUCCAAAGGGGAAAAAAGAGCUUGCAGUAUCUCUGUUUCAGACUGUGGUUUUGAUGCUGUUCAAUGAUGCACAAAAUCUCAGCUUUCAAGAUAUCAAAGAUGCUACCGGUAUAGAGGAUAAAGAAUUAAGGAGGACCCUCCAAUCCCUCGCAUGUGGGAAAGUUCGGGUACUGCAAAAGACACCGAAAGGAAGGGAUGUUGAAGAUGGUGAUUCGUUUAUGUUCAAUGAGACAUUCACUGCCCCACUUUACCGCAUAAAGGUUAAUGCUAUCCAAAUGAAGGAAACCGUGGAGGAGAACACAAGUACCACUGAAAGAGUAUUUCAGGAUCGUCAAUACCAGGUUGAUGCUGCAAUUGUUCGGAUAAUGAAAACGAGGAAGUUGUUGAGUCACACUCUCCUUAUCACUGAACUUUUCCAACAGCUGAAGUUCCCAAUCAAGCCGGCGGACUUGAAGAAGAGAAUAGAGAGCCUGAUCGACCGGGAGUACUUAGAGAGGGACAAGAACAACCCCCAACUAUACAAUUACCUGGCCUAACCUUAGAAAUGCUUUAUUUAUUUAUUGCUUAAUACCAAUCUUCUUUCUCUUUUUGUUGUUCUAUUUCUCCUUUUGCUGUUGGUGAGGGACAUUGAAGUGGCAGUCACCUCAGAUAUUACUGUACAGUAGUACGUUGUAGUGGAUCCUUUUCUUUUGAAUUGUCUGCUGCAGUGAACACCUGUAAUUGUAAAAUAUACUCCCUUCCGUGCUCUCUUUUCCCGUUUAGCACCCUCGUUGAUAACGGUGGAUCAAUUUGAUGUUCCAUUUCGGAUUAGAAUACAAGUGUAGGC